UCCGGGUCACGGCUCUGGGCGGGGCGCUGGUCGCUCUUAAAGGGGCCGCCUCACUCUCAGGCGGGCGCCCAGCGCCCGGGCCGGGGCGAGCGUAUGAACCGUGUGCGGGGUCUGCUGUGCCGGGCCUGCCUCGCGCUGGCCGCGGUCCUGGCUGUCUUGCUGCUGCUGCCGCUGCCGCUGCCCCUGCCCCGCGCGCCCGCACCGGACCCCGGCCGGAUCCCGACUCCCGGUCUGUCUCUCGAGGUCUCCCGCCUGCAGCCCGACGAUGUCUUCAUCGCAGUCAAGACCACUCGGAAGAACCACAGCCCGCGCCUGCGGCUGCUGCUGCGCACCUGGAUCUCACGAGCCCCGCGGCAGACGUUCAUCUUCACCGAUGGAGAGGACCCUGAGCUCCAGCUGCUGGCAGGUGGCCGCCUGAUCAAUACCAAUUGCUCGGCCGUGCGCACGCGCCAAGCUCUGUGCUGUAAAAUGUCGGUGGAAUACGAUAAGUUCAUUGAAUCCGGACGGAAAUGGUUCUGCCACGUGGAUGACGACAACUACGUGAACCCCGAAAGCCUGCUGCACCUGCUUUCCACCUUCUCUUCCAACCAGGACGUCUACCUGGGGCGACCUAGUUUGGACCACCCCAUCGAGGCCACCGAGAGAGUCCAGGGUGGUGGCGCCUCAAACACAGUGAAGUUCUGGUUUGCUACUGGUGGGGCUGGGUUCUGCCUGAGCAGAGGUCUUGCUCUCAAAAUGAGUCCAUGGGCCAGCCUAGGCAGCUUCAUGAGCACAGCCGAGCGGGUACGGCUCCCUGAUGACUGCACGGUAGGCUACAUUGUGGAGGGGCUUCUGGGCGCCCGUCUGCGCCACAGCCCCCUCUUCCAUUCCCACCUGGAGAACCUGCAGAGACUGCCGUCCGAUGCCGUUCUGCAGCAGGUCACCCUGAGCUAUGGGGGUCCUGAGAACCCACGUAAUGUGGUGAAUGUAGCCGGAGGUUUCAGUAUACAGCAGGACCCUACACGGCCUUGGAUUCGGCAGCAGAAGACGAAACUGCUCGAAGGCCUCCCACAAUCCUUCUUCCAGUUGGGACACAAGGUUCCUCGGGAUCGUGAGGACAGCUGGACUGUGUGCGGAGAUCAUCCAAGAGCAACAAGAAAAGUAAUGCCGCCGAGCUGUGUACGGAUGCUGCUGGCCCAACCCAAAGGCCCAGGAGGGGACGGGUCCCCGACCUCCCACAACUACAGCUUAAGAUGGUGCCUGGUGGGCUAGUCGUGAAAGGGUGGGCUCCAGGCCUGGCCACAGACUCUUCCUGGGUUGCUCACAGAACCGCCAUCCAAACCCAGAAUGUGCAGACUACCUGGCCGCUGGAUGCUUAAGGUCAGCCCAAGGCCCUGCUUCCCAACCACGCUGCUGUUCAUCGUUACCUCAAUCCCUGGCCUCCCAUCACCACCAGGAGAUGUUCUUCCUUUAACUGGAGGUUUAGGGGUUUCUUUGCUGAGCUUCCCAGAAAUCAACAGCCAGAGCCUUUCCUCUGGCCCCUUAGGAGCAAGAUGCAGCCCCAGCACCUUUUACAGGGGUGUCCCGCGGGAAGCGACUACAGUAUUGAGUAAAGGCUUCUGUGACGUUCCUAGUUUGACUCCUCUCGUAAUAAGCGAGCUGGACACCUGGCAGCUUGGCUCUGCGGAUAUUCACACAACCGCUUAUUCCUCCAGGAAGGCCUGCUCCUACAGCACCAGCCACCUCCUUAACCCUCCAUACUGUGAGGCCAAACAGGACUAGAGAGUGGUCUUCUUAACACAUGGGAUGGAACCAUCGGUACACAUACGUGAGCAUGGCAGUUAUGCGUUUUGUGUGUGGGGUACGCUGGUGAUAUGGGAGAGCGUAGUCAUAGCUGCUGUGUGCAUGGUUGUGCCUGGGUACAUAGGCACAUGGGUAGUGUUUGUGUGAACAUGGCUGAGAGAGGGUCUGGACCCUGGCCCACGUGCGCUUGUGUGUGCUGGUGCAUAUGAUUUCAACUUGAGAUGGGCUUAUGGCUUCCCGGUGUCACUGGAGGGGCUUGUGUGUGUGAAGGGCAGGAAGCAGUAAGUCGUGACUGGGUUGUACUCACCAGAAGUGAAACUUGCCUCGGAGCCCUGCAUGGUGGUGCAAGCCAGUAAUCUCAGCUCGGGAAGACGGAGAAUUCAAGACCAGACUGCGCUAUGCAGAUCUGGCUCCAGAAUUAAGAUACCGGGGGCUAGCAGAUAGCGCGGUCACUGCAGGGCUUUCCCUGAAAACCUGAGGAUAUGGAUUUGGGCCACAAAACCCACAUUAAGAGAAAACAAGCCGGGCGGUGGUGGCACACGCCUUUAGACCCAGCACUCGGGAGGCAGAGGCAGCCAGAUCUCUGUGAAUUCGAGGCCAACUUGAUCUACAGAGCUGGUUCCAGGACAGCCAGGGCUACACAAGGAAACCCUGUCUCAAACAACCAAAGAGAGAGAGAAUAAAACAAGAUGUGUCGUACUUGAGGGCUGGCACCUGGGGGUAGGCUGCACGUGAACAGUCAUACAUACAAGGAAGAGGAAACUCCAUCUUGGGUCAAACCCUAUAGGUUUUGGGGUUCUUAGCCUGCUGGGUUCCAGGGAAAAGCUCUGGUUCUGCACAGUCGGGUUCCUGGUAGAAGGCCAAAGACUGAGGCUGGGAAACAGUUGAACGGGAUGAGCUAGAAGCAUGGAGCGUGGGAGCUGAGGCUGAGAGACAGGCACACAUUUGGAUGGGAUGAGCUAGAAGCAUGGAGCGUGGGAGCUGAGGCUGAGAGACAGGCACACAGUCGGAUGGGAUGAGCUUGAAGCAUGGAGGAUGGAGCUUGGAAGCUGCUGCAGAGUCCUCAGCAACAUAGAGAUAUGAGGGAGGGAAGGUGUCCCUUGUAUCCGCCAACGCAGCUAUGACCUUGUCACCUGCCUGGGACCCUAAUGUGGGCACGUGGCAAGUCACCACCCCACCCAGCACCUGGAGUUCGGAAGUCUCCUCUGAUUUCCUCCUUAGCCUGCACUGUAUUCUCUCAGGGGCUCCACCAGUAAACACAGUGUCUGGAUUGCAAGGACCAAGGACAAGAGCAGUCUACACCAACAGGAGGGGUGUUUGUAGACUGCAGGGGUGGUAACCACCCAGAGCCGACCAGAUUGGGACUGCCAGGGCCUUUCCAGAGUUAAUGCAGCUUACUUAAAGACUAUGUGGUUGUAUCCCCAGUACCUCCACCUGCCAAGGCUGGUCCCGUGACCUAAGCAUCACAUAGCCCACUAUAUCUGUGGAAGAGCAGCUCCCACCCCAUCCUGGGAUCUCUGGAUCAUGAGGAGAAAGAUUAAUAAAUGCCCUCUUAACUGGGUGGUGGUGGUACACACUUAUAAUCCUAGCACUCAGGAGGCAGAGGCAGGCAAAUCUCUUUAAGUUCGAGGCCAGCCUGGUCUACAGAGUGAGUUUCAAGAUACCUAGGGCUGAUACACAGAAAAACUUGAUCUCAAAAGAGAAGAAAAAUCAGUCUGGGUGUGGCGGUGAGUACCUAUAAUCUCAGCACUCAGUGUGUAGAGGAAGAGGAUUAGGAGUCAAAACUUCCUAAUGAGUUUGAGACCAUCCAAGUACACAACUGAUAUUUCCCAAAUACAUGACCUUCUGGAUAUAGCUAUGUCAUGUUUUCCUGUCCACAGUUCACAGUUUCCGGUUGGUGUGUGUGUGUGUGUGUGUGUGUGUGUGUGUGUGUAAGACAGACCUCUCUGUCUCUGUGAGUGUGUUCACCUCUGCAUAUUUGUGUUCAUCUAGAGGUCUGAGGUGGUUGACAGUCAUCUUCAAUUGAUCUCCACACUAUUUUGAGACAGGGUCUCUCAGUGAAAAUGAAACUUACCGUUUCAGCUAGACUGGAUGUCAGAGA